ACAUGGUGGGUUGAACCCACCAACUCCCGGGUGCUAGUUGAGUAGUCGGUGACAAGGAACACUUAUAUUAAAAAACCAACAACAAAGUUGGUGGGAAGAAAGUGCACACACCACCUAAAAAAACACACACACACAUUUGUUGUUGUAUCGAAUCCAAGUGAAGUAGAUCUUUUGUGGGGAGUGUGGCGGCGAUGGCAACAACAAGCAGAUUAUUGUGGGCUUCAUCAAAAGCAGCCUCCUAUCUCAAGAUCUCUACUUUCAACAGAGCUUUUGCUUCUUCUGUUUUGAAGGAUUUGAAAUAUGCCGAAUCUCAUGAAUGGGCCAAAGUUGAAGGUAACUGUGCAACCGUUGGUAUCACGGACCAUGCCCAGGAUCACUUAGGAGAUGUGGUAUUUGUUGAAUUACCUGAGGUUGGAGACGAAGUAACUCAAGGUAGCAGUUUUGGCGCAGUUGAAAGUGUGAAGGCCACCAGUGAUAUUAACUCCCCUGUUUCUGGGAAGGUCACUGAAGUCAACGAAGAGCUCACUGACAAACCUGGUUUGGUUAACGGAAGUCCUUAUGAGAAAGGAUGGAUUAUAAAGGUGGAGAUUAGUGACAAGAAUGCGGUGAACUCCCUAAUGGACAGUGAACAAUAUUCAAAGUUCUGUGAAGAAGAGGACGAUCACUAGGGUCAACACUAUAUAUGCCACUUGACUACUGUUUGAUUUAGCUAUCGUCUUUUGAGACUUGUCUUGUUUUUGUUUCUUUAUGGUUAUGAAUGUUACAUCGUUUGCA